ACCGGGGAGCCACGGCACCAUCGAGAGGAGCGGCUAGAGCGGCGCCUGCCCGCGGCGGGGCGGCCGGGGCCGGGGGGCGGCGUUGCCAUGGCGACGUGGAGGCUGCUGCGGGUGUCACAUUGCUUGAGCAGAAGAACCUUGUUUGGGUAUCCCCAGAGUAAAGCAGGUCCUGGCCUGGCCCAGGAAACUAAAGGUGUCUGUCUGAGGUUCUGCAGACCACGAAGUUCUACAACAGCUGCUGACACAUCUGGAGAUGACAUCUUACUCAAGUGGGGCCUUUUCCUGGUCCCUCUGACUGCCUUCUGUCUCGGCACCUGGCAGGUUCGCCGCCGGAAGUGGAAAUUAGAUUUGAUUGCACAACUGGCAUCAAGAAUCACAUCAGAGCCCAUCCCUCUGACAUUAGACCCGAUAGAACUGAGGGAACUGGAGUACAGACCUGUCCGGGUCCGAGGGCAUUUUGACCACUCCAAGGAGCUCUACAUUUUGCCACGGUCACUGGUGGACCCUGAGCGAGAAGCCAGAGAAGCUGGGAGGCUGACAUCCCACCCAGAGCACGGGGCAAAUGUCAUCACUCCUUUCUACUGCACAGAGCUGGGGGUCACCAUUUUAGUCAACCGAGGAUUUGUGCCCAGAAAGAAGCUGAAACCAGAGACCCGGCUGAAGGGACAGAUUGAAGAUGAAAUUGACCUGACAGGGGUGGUGAGGUUAUCAGAAACCCGGAAACCUUUUGUGCCUGAAAACAACAUUGAGAAAAACCGCUGGCACUACCGUGACCUGGAGGCGAUGGCCAAGGUGACUGGUGCUGAGCCCAUCUUCCUUGAUGCAGAUUUCAGGAGCACAGUCCCGGGGGGGCCCAUUGGAGGGCAGACAAGAGUGAGCCUGAGGAACGAGCACAUGCAGUACAUCAUCACCUGGUAUGGCCUGUGUGCUGCAACCUCAUUCUUGUGGUACAGAAAAUUUAUACAGAAGAUACCCCUGUGAGGGGAAGGGCUGAGACCUUCACUCAGGACUCCAGCCAAGAGCAGACCCAUCAGUCCUGAAUAACUGAACUUUCAGGGGAAUAUUCAGUAAACUCAGGCAGCUGUUGAGCUGCAAAUACUUCAAGCAACUGCUGCACUCAGCUCCUGCCAGAGUGAUCUUGCUGCAGCUUGGAAGCUUUCAACUCAACUGGAAGAGGCUGUUGAGACUUGUAGUGAAGCCCCUCUAUGCAGUGAGCUCAAAGACACAUUUUUCUGUUGUGGUUGGUUCCAAGUUACGAAGUUUUAACCUCUCCACUGCUGUAUUUUCCAAAAGACAAUGGAUUUUGUGAAUCCAAGUUUCUUUGCACCAAGGAGUUACUCCUGAAGUCAGGAGUGGUUCACAGCAGUUGCAUAUGAAUAAUAAAGAAGGGCUAUAGGGG